GGCCAAUUUAUUUGGGCGAACACAUUUGAUUGGUGCCGUUAUUUCGCGGAUUUUGAUGAUGCUGGAACAGUUGCAGAAACCGCAUUAUAAAAAACAUUGGCUGAUAAAUACUUGUAAUGAAAGGCUGAGGUUGUUACCUUACCAACAAUGUCCUUGUCAACAAGAUUUGCGCAGAUCGUUGCUCCAGAUUCUGACAACAGUGAUGAUGAACAGAUUGCCUUGGAGGACAAGCAGCUGCUUGCUAGGCUGCUUGGAAAAAACUCUACCCAGUACUCCAGUACAGCAGGAUUUAGUUUUGGGAGAGGGGGAACCAGUAUUGUAUACAGCACCAGUGAUGAUGAUGACCAAGAUGAAGAUUUAAAUGAAGAUUGGCAGAAAGAUUUCAAAUUAAUAAUUGAAAAGAAAAAAUCUGCUAAAGAGUUUGUAAGUGACAAAGGUGAAGCACAAAAAUAUGACGACUCGCGCUCUUGUUUGAAAUGUGUAAGUAGUCAGUCAUCUGAGUAUAAAACUGAUGAAGCAGAAAGUACACAUUUUGGUAAGCCAGUCUCUGUAGAGUUGGAUGAAAGUUGUGAGCACGAUUCGGAUAAUCUUUCAGAUGUUGAUGAAUCUGAAGUGACUGGUCCACAAGAUAAAAUCAUUGUUGCUAUUUGUGAGAUUUCAACUGAAUCUAGUGAAACAAAACAAAAUGAAACAGUUUGUCAAACUUCAGGAAGUCUAGUCAAGUAUGAAACACAGAGUAUUGAUAUGAAAUAUGAAAGUUAUAAUACGCAACUUAGUGGAUAUGUGCAGCAGGAUAAGGAUCCUGAAUGUUCAUUGGCAAUUAGAGGCAGGGAACCAGAGUAUGCAGUCCCAUCUAUCAAACAAAGCAAGCAAAGCAAUACAAUUGAAAUGUUGAAGAAAAAAGUUCAAACACUGCAAAAUGAACUAAAAUACCAGCAAUCCAGUUCCAUUAACAUUGAAAAAAAUGUGGCCAAUAAUUGUGUGAAUAUACCUUGCAUAGAACCAUGUGAAGAAACUGAAAAAACACAAAAGACGCAGUGGAACAAACAUGACCUUGGAACACCAUGCCCCAAAACUGUAAAAAACAAAGUUUCGUAUUCAACUCAAAAUAUUCUUAAUACCAAAAUCUGUAGAAAACUUACAAAGCAAAGAGAGGAAAAGAAAAAGAAGCAGUAUGUUAUAGUGCCUGCAUCAAGCUGCCCUUUAGAUGAGUUAUUACCAAUAAAAAAGGACACUGAAAAUAAAGAAAUUGCAACUGUUGCAAAUGAAAGAGUUGCAGGUAUAUUCAACAAAGCACCAACAAAAGCCUCUGACCAGGAAGGCCAACAAUUUUACCAUCAAAAUGUUUUUCCCUACGCCUCCAUGCAAUCUCCAACUUUUCAUGGAUCUCUUUACCCACCACAUGCAGGUUAUGGAUAUCAAAAUAUUCAUCAGCCAGUUCACUACGAACAGCAUUGUAAUCCCAUAUUACCAGUAAUUGGCAGUUUUCAAGCUUCGUCAUUAUCACAGUACAAUAGUCAAGUGUUGGAAACUGUCAGUGCUUGCAGAAAUGUUCCAUCAUUGCUGCAAACAGUACCUGAAAAUAAAAACUGGCAAUAUCAAGCGCCCUGUUCAAAUCCAAUAAAUUCUGCUGAUAGUUACUUCAAGUCACCUGGAACAUGUAUUCCUCAAGAACAGUUUGAUUUGAUUCUCUCUGCUGGUAAAGCCACCUCUGUUUAUCCCCAGCAGUACAUCUGGGAUUCCAGUGUUAAUGACAAUGUACGGCCUGCUUCACCAGGAUUUUAUCAAGAACAUGUCAAUCUGAAUCCAUCCAUGGAUCAAUCCUCUGAGCAAUCAGAAAAUGGUUGUGAAAAGCUUUUUGAGCUUCUCAUUCAGCAAUGCUCGGCACUUAUAAAGACUGAUGAAGAUAGGGCUAAAAUUAACACAAUGUUAGGGGAGUUAAAAAAGCAGGGUGGAGAUAGUCUAACAGGUGUAGGUUUAAAGCAGCGUUUUGAUAAUUUAACAGGAAUGGGUUUUACUCCAACAAUUUCAGAUGAUGGUAUUGCUGCUAAUGAUGACUUAGAGACAGCAAUAAAUAAUGCACCAAGUCCUGUUCCAAGUCCCACUAGGACAUUACAUGAAGUUUUUGAAGGACGAACACUGCUAAAAGGCGGUGUAGAACCACGUCAUAUUCCCAAAACAACAGUAAAGAAAGAUGGUAAGCACAAACCAACAGACCCAAGAAGUUUUUCUGCCAAGACAAAAGAUAUCAAACUCAAACUGCCCAAGUUCAUGGAGACUGUUUGGGGUAAAAAGAUUGUUGAGAAGGUAGAACAGGAAUUGAGCAGUAAGAAAGGCCAUGGAGAUAAAAGGUCAUUAGUAAAAACUAAUUUAGUGAACACAAACAAAGACACUACAGAAGUUUCAAAAUAUGCUACAUCUUCUCCUGCAUGUCUUGAACAAAGUGUUACUAUUGUAGACAAAAAUUUGAUGGAUAAAAAAUCCGUUGCUCUUGAAUUUUGUGAUAUAGAUAGUGGUGGAAGUUUUUCAAAGGAGGAGAGAAACGCGCCUUCAAGCCUUGUAGACCAUGAUGAUACUAAAACUUCAAUUAACGCCAUUUCUGUGCUUAUUACCAACUCAGUAGAAAAGUCGGUGAGAAAUCAAAAUACUCGCAAUCCUGUAUUGCAGAACAUUAUCAAUAGUUUUGAUGGUUUAGGUCUUGAUCAAACCCAGUUUGUAGAAAGAUCCACAUUCUUUGCUAACACAUCAUUCAGUAAAUCAUCAGUUGGAAUAGUAAAGCCUAUUCAGAAAAAGCAAAAUGAAAACUCUGAUAAGCAACAGAUUGAUUCCAGCUAUGAUGCAGUUGAUGGAAGUAAAUUGGAUGAAGUGAUUGUUAAGAAAGAUGAUGUGGAUUUAGAAGCUGCAGGGAUUGAAAGUCUUGGAAACAUGAGAUCAAAAGAUGCUGAUGUGAAAGAAAAUGUAUCAGAGUUUGAAGGACUCAUAAGUGUGACAGAUAUUUCUGAUGGAGAAUUAAGUGACACAUCGGAAUAUGAAACACCCUACUCAGGAAAAUAUGCAACACUAGAAUUGAAAACGUCGAAAGAAAGGGCGUUGGUAUCCGUCACUGACAGUUUUGAUGACCCUGAAAACCAAAUACCUCAAAGGGCGUCAAAGAUCCAAACUGCCAGUCAUCCAAAAAGUAAGGUUUCCAGUAAGCCAGGAAAAUUGAAAACACGAAAUAGGCAUUGGAGCAAUCCUUACAGAGAUAAUAUGUCUAAAAAUUACAGACCCUACAGAUCAUCGUCAUCAGAAAGCAGCGAUAGUCAAUGGUCAUGGUCUGAAAGGUUUAGUUCAUGCAGCUCAAAGAGCACAUUUAAAGACAGCAUAUUAUGUAGGCCUAGUGUUAGUAGUAGUUUGCACAGUAACAGUAGAAAAGAAAGAAAUACCAUACCAGAUGAAAGAAAACAUCGAUCAUUGAGUGUAAAUAGUAAUGAAUACCAACAAUACAAUCAUCAGACUACAAAACCAGGAGACAAAGAGAGUGGGACUGCUUCAAAGUGGGUUGCUUUGAAAAAUUCAGGGGCACAUGCUAGGUCUGAUGAAAGUGAACAAAACAAUAUUCAAAGGCUCUCUAUUAGAUCUAUUUGUGAGGGCAGGGUAAAUGAUAAACACAGAUUAGUAGAACAUAGAUCUAUCUCAAACAGAGAAUCAUUUUGGAAGAGGAGUGAUGCAGAGAUUGAGAGACAAAGGCGACACUCAUCUAACACACAGACUUCGAAUGUUGAUAAUGCAAGUCGUAAGCGACAUAAUACUUCAGUGGAUGGAAGUUUCAACCGCUCCGAAAAGAUUCUGAAAGUUGAUCAAGUGGGGAAACAACAUCACGAUGAAUGUGUUGCCCGACAUGAAAGAUCUGGUUGUGUCAAUUACAAAAGAAGCAAUAUUUCUGGCGAUAUGGUAGAUGCCCGACUGAAAUUAGAUGCAAAAAGUAAGCUAAAUGAGAAAACUUGUAUUGUCCCUGCAUUUCAAAACAGUCAGAGUCAGCAUGCACCUGACACAAAAUAUAACAGUGUCGGUGUUGUGGACCUGAAAAUAGGAAAAACUUUUAAGCGGGGUGAGAACAUGAACAAUAUCAUGGUGGUUAUCCCUGGAAAUGCAGACUUUAAAGACAAUGAACAUGAUAAAAUGAAAGCUAAGCUCCAUGCAAAAGUUUCAAGAGUCGUUGCUGCUAAUUGCUCAGACAGGAAGGUUCAGAACAGCUUUGAACUUGACAGAAAAUUUUUGGAAGACUAUAACAAAAAACUUGUUGAAAGUUUGAAAGGUGAAAUAGCUCUAGAUGAAAGAAUCCACAGAGCACAAGGUAGAAUGACUGCUGUGGAGAACCCAUGUUCCAAUGAAGUUGUUGGGGGAGACUGAGGUCUUCUGCUUUAUGACAAUAUGCUUCAUCUUGCAGAUUUGAAAGACAGUGAACAGUUUAGAAUUUCAACAAUUUUUAAAAUAAUCUCACAUACUUGUGAAACAUUUGAACUAUGUAAAUUGAAUUAAUAAUUGCAAACGUUUUUAAUGUAUACUAUUAGUUGUUUAUGGUAUAUGCUAGUUUAAAAUUAAAUGUGCUACGUUUUGGAGAUUAGAGUCCCUUGUCUGGGUAACCAGAGGAGACUAGGUUUAUCCACGUCCGUUUGUGCUUACAUUUGGCCAGAUUUCUGUUUGUCCGUCCAAUUCGGAUCCUGUGAAAACUUAAAAAGUGCAAAGUUGUUCAUGAAACAUUGUGGAAAGAGGGCAAUAUGAGGAGUUUGCUCGUUAUUUCAUAUUUUCUUUGUCAAACAAAACUUUUGGUUGCUAUAGUUAUGGAAAUGUAAAAUAUGGAUCCAGGGAUAACACAAAAAAUUCAACCAAAAUUGAAAUAACUAUGGUUAAAGGAUUAAAUACAAGCUGAAAUCUGCGUACUGCCAUUACCAGAAAUCACUUACGCCUAUGAAGAUCGCGUUUGUGAACUCACUUUAAUCGGGUAGGGGACUGCAGUUUAGACAAAGCUCUUACUACAUUUAUGUUUUUCCUGUCCCAACCAUUUUAAGCUCACCUGAUGGCUCAGGUUAGCUUUUGUGACCGGUCUUUGUCCGUCUGUCCGUUAAAAUUUGCUCAUAAACACUAUAGGCCACAUUUCUUGUCCCAUCUUCAUGAAACUUGGUCAGAAGCUUUGUUCCAAUGAAAUAUCGGCCGAGUUCGAAACUGGGUUGUGCCGGGUCAAAAACUAGGUCACUAGGUCAAAAAAAAGAAAAACCUUGUAAACACUGUAGAAGUCACAUUUCAUGCCCAAAUUGGCAGUUUUCCCUAUUUGGCUAUAGAGAAUCCUUGUUAAUACUUUAGAAGUCACAAUUUUUGCCCAAUCAUCAAUCAUGAAAGUUGGUCAAAACAUUGGUUUUAUUGAUAUCUGGGACGAGUUUGAAAAUGGUCGGGAUCAGUGAAAAAAACACUGUAGAAGUCACAUUUUUUGCCCAAUUUUCAUGAAAUUUGCUCAGAACAUUUGUUUCCUUGAUACGAGAGUUGAGUUCAAAAAUGGUUCCGGUAAGUUGAAUAACAUGGCCGCUGGGAGGGGGCCAGUUUUCUUAUUUUGCCCCCCCCCCCCCCCCCUUUUGAAGAAGAGGGGGUAUAUUGUUUUGCUCAUGUCGGUCCGUCCGUCGACCAGAUGGUUUCCGGAUGAUAACUCAAGAGGGCUUAUGCCAAGGAUCAUGAAACUUCAUAGGUACAUUGAUAAUGACUGGCAGAUGACCCCUAUUGAUUUUCAGGUCAAAGGUCAAGGUCACGAUGACCCGGAAUAGUAAAAUGGUUUCUGGAUGAUAACUCAAGAACGCUUAGGCCUAGGAUCAUGAAACUUCAUAGAUACAUUGAUCAUGACUCUCAGAUGACUCCUAUUGAUUUUCAGGUCACUAGGUCAAAGGUCAAGGUAACAGUGACCCAAAGCAGUAAAGUGGUUUCCAGAUGAUAACUCAAGAACGCUUAUGCCUAGGAUCAUGAAACUUCAUAGGUACAUUGAUCAUGACUCACAGAUAACCCCUAUUGAUUUUCAGGUCACUAGGUCAAAGGGCAAGUUCACGUUGACCCGAUAUAGUAAAAUGGUUUCCGGAUGAUAACUCAAGAACGCUUAGGCCUAGGAUCAUGAAACUUCAUAGGUACAUUGAUCAUGACUCGCAUAUUUUCAGGUCACUAGGUCAAGGUCACGAUGACCCAAAAACCCAAAAUAGUAAAAUGGUUUCCAGAUGAUAACUCAAGAACGCUUAUGCCUAGGAUCAUGAAACUUCAUAGGUACAUUGAUCAUGACUCGAAGAUGACCCCUAUUGAUUUUCAGGUUACUAGGUCAAAGGUGAAGGUCACAGUGGCCUGAAAUAGUAAAAUGGUUUCUGGAUGAUAACUCAAGAAAGCUUAGGCCUAGGAUCAUGAAACUUCAUAGGUACAAUGAUCAUGAGUCGCAGAUGACCCCUAUUGACUAUCAGGUCACUAGGUCAAAGGUCAAGGUCACAGUGCCAAAAAACAUAUUCACACAAUGGCUGUCAAGGUCACGGUGACUCAACUUAGAAAAAUGGUUUGCGGAUGAUAACUCAAGAGUGCUUACGCCUAGGAUCAUGAAACUUCAUAGGUACAUUGAUCAUGACUCCCAGAUGAAAUAAUGAUGAAACUUUACCAGGAUGUUCGUCUGGACAAUAUCUAGGUCAAGUUUGACAUUUGGUAAAGAUUGAAUGAACCGACUCCUCACAGGUGAGCGAACUAUAGGGCCAUCUUGGCCCUCUUGUUUAUACUGUUUUAAUUGGUGCUGUUAUUAUAAUGUUGAUAAUUGCAUCGUCAUCUUUGAAAUUUCUAGUCAGUUCAACUACGACGUCCAGAUGUGUCAUUGAACAUAAUACAAGGUUCAUAUAUCUGCGGUCAAAACAGGUCACACCCAGUGGGUCAAAUAGUUUAUACAAAAUAGCUUAUGCAAUCUUUUGUUCAGAAAAAGAACAUGGCACAAAUGUUAAUUAUUUGGUAUGUAACUAUGUAUUGUAGUUCUCAAAAAUUUGUGUUUUAAUAAUGAGAAUCAAGAGAGAAGAUAUACCUUGUCAUUUUAAAAUGGGUCUUGUGUCAGCCUGUAAAACCUGCUAUAAAGUUACACAAGAUUUAGUGGUUUCGUUAGCAGACAUGGUGGCUCCUGACCAGUCUGGAUUGGAGAUACCCUUGACGCACAUGGCAUAAAACCCAUGAAGUGGAUCAUAUGAUGUGAGAGACUAUUGAUUAACCCUUUACCACUUAGAUACAUAUUUGUAAUCCCUUAGAAAGUUAAAUUUAAUAAGUUUUAAAGGCUUCAUUUCCAACCCUUACUGAUAAGCAGCUAACAGCAUAAAACCUGAACAGACCGAGAGUUACUUGCUGGCUGUUUUGGUUUAAUGCUGUUUGCCAUUUUCGCUUUGCUUGGGAGUGGGAAGGGUUAAUAUUGUUAUGUUUGUAAUUCAUUAUAGUUUUAUUAGUUUUAUUAAUUUUUGUUUUCAUUACACAGUUCAGAAUAAAGAAGUAACAGGUUA